UCGCCCCGUCUGAACUGGAAUGGACCCUGUGAAAAUCGAUGACUGCGACUCAGAGUCUAUUGGGAGUGCCUGGGUCUGCGCCGGUACCGCUGGCAGGGUACAGCGUGGUGCCUUUCUGUGCAGGCGUUGUCCCGGGCAGCCCCGUCCUUGCCUGGGGCCUCCAUGCGGCGGGAGGCCCCAUAGUGCGCCUCCAAGAUGGCGACGCCGUUGGCGGUAAAUUCGGCUGCCAGUCUGUGGGGUCCUUACAAAGACAUUUGGCAGACAGUGGGAAAUGCUCUCUGGAGAAGACAGCCUGAAGCCAUCCACCUUCUGGACAUGAUUUUGAAGAAACACAGACCUGACUUCAUCUCAUUGUUCAAAAACCCACCAAAAAAUGUCCAACAGCAUGAGAUGGUUCAGAAAGCCAGUACCGAAGGAGUUGCCAUCCAGGGUCAACAGGGAACUCGACCUCUUCCCGAAAAGCUCAUUAAAGAAGCCUUUAUUCUCAGCGACCUUUUUGAUAUCGGGGAGUUAGCAGCUGUUGAACUUCUCCUUGCAGGAGAGCAUCAGCAGCCACAUUUUCCUGGCCUCACGAGAGGAUUAGUAGCUGUUCUUUUGUACUGGGAUGGAAAGCGAUGCAUUGCCAAUUCCCUGAAAGCCUUAAUACAGUCUAGACGAGGGAAGACGUGGACUUUAGAACUCAGCCCAGAGCUAGUUUCCAUGACAACACGCUUUACAGAUGAGCUGAUGGAGCAAGGACUGACUUACAAAGUUCUUACUCUGGUGUCACAGAUUGAUGUAAAUAAUGAGUUUGAGAAACUACAGCGAGACAGAGGUCUGGGCAGUGAAAAACAUCGCAAAGAGGUUUCUGAUCUCAUCAAAGAGUGUAGGCAGUCUUUGGCAGAAAGUCUUUUUGCCUGGGCUUGCCAGUCUCCUUUAGGCAAAGAUGACACCCUCCUCCUUAUUGGCCAUUUGGAGAGAGUUACAGUGGAGGCCAAUGGCUCACUGGAUGCAGUGAAUCUGGCUCUUCUCAUGGCACUGCUGUACUGUUUUGACAUCAGUUUUAUAGAACAAAGCACAGAGGAACGAGAUGAUGUGAUUCAUCAGCUUCCACUGCUGACAGAGAGACAGUACAUCGCCACAAUACACUCUCGUCUUCAGGACUCACAGCCGUGGAAGCUGCCUGGGCUGCAAGCUACUGUUAGGCUCGCCUGGGCACUGGCACUCCGGGGAAUUUCUCAGCUACCCGAUGUGACAGCACUGGCUGAAUUCACAGAAGCAGAUGAAACAAUGGCAGAGCUUGCAAUUGCUGACAGUGUUUUCCUGUUUCUCACUGAAUCGGUAGUGGUGUCAGAAAAUUUCUAUCAGGAAGAAUUUUAUCUUCGUAGAACCCAUAAUCUUAUCACAGAUUUCCUUGCACUUAUGCCAAUGAAAGUGAAGCAACUGAGGAAUCGGGCAGAUGAAGAUGCCCGAAUAAUUCACAUGAGUGUGCAGAUGGGUAACGAACCGCCCAUCUCACUGAGGAGGGAUCUGGAGCACUUAAUGCUCUUGAUGGGUGAACUAUACAAGAAAAACCCUUUCCGCCUGGAGCUCGCCCUAGAGUACUGGUGUCCUUCGGAGCCUCUGCAGACUCCCACUGUGAUGGGUUCCUACUUGGGAGUGGCCCAUCAGCGACCCCCUCAGCGCCAGGUUGUGUUAUCAAAAUUUGUUCGGCAGAUGGGUGACCUGCUGCCUCCAACUAUCUAUAUUCCUUACUUGAAAAUGCUCCAGGGAUUGGCGAAUGGGCCUCAGUGUGCCCACUACUGCUUCAGCCUGCUCAAAGUCAAUGGUAGUAGUCAUGUUGAAAAUAUCCAGGGAGCAGGUGGCAGUCCGGUUUCCUGGGAGCACUUCUUUCACUCCUUAAUGCUGUACCACGAGCACCUUCGGAAGGACCUCCCCAGCGCAGACAGUGUCCAGUACCGCCACCUCCCUUCACGCGGCAUCACCCAGAAGGAGCAAGAUGGCCUGAUUGCCUUUCUGCAGCUCACAUCCAUCAUCAUCACUUGGAGUGAAAAUGCUCGUCUGGCACUCUGCGAACAUCCUCAGUGGACGCCCGUUGUGGUGAUACUGGGCCUCCUGCAGUGCAGCAUACCUCCUGUUCUAAAAGCUGAGCUGCUAAAGACACUCGCUGCCUUCGGGAAGUCCCCUGAAAUUGCAGCCUCCCUGUGGCAGUCGCUGGAAUAUACACAGAUACUGCAGACUGUCAGAGUUUCAAGCCAGAGGCAAGCUAUUGGUAUUGAGGUUGAACUGAAUGAAAUAGAAUCACGGUGUGAAGAAUACCCAUUGACUCGGGCCUUUUGCCAGCUUAUUAGUACCCUGGUCGAGAGCUCAUUUCCUUCCAAUUUGGGCGCUGGGCUACGGCCUCCUGGCUUUGACCCUUACUUGCAGUUCCUCAGAGACUCUGUGUUUCUCCGAUUUCGCACAAGAGCUUACCGGAGAGCGGCUGAAAAGUGGGAAGUUGCUGAAGUUGUUCUGGAGGUGUUUUAUAAACUACUCAGAGAUUAUGAGCCUCAGCUUGAAGAUUUUGUAGACCAGUUUGUGGAGCUACAAGGAGAAGAAAUCAUGGCCUAUAAGCCGCCUGGCUUCAGUCUGAUGUAUCAUCUUCUGAAUGAGUCUCCGAUGCUGGAACUUGCUCUUAGUCUGCUGGAAGAAGGAGUGAAGCAGCUUGAUACCUAUGCCCCUUUUCCUGGGAAGAAACACCUGGAGAAAGCAGUGCAGCAUUGCCUUGCACUCCUCAACCUUACUCUGCAGAAGGAAAAUCUCUUUAUGGAUCUUCUGAGAGAAAGUCAGCUGGCUCUCAUAGUUUCUCCCUUAGAGCAGCUGCUGCAGGGAAUUAACCCCAGAACGAAGAAGGCAGACAAUGUGGUAAACAUUGCCAGAUAUCUGUAUCAUGGGAAUACGAAUCCGGAACUGGCUUUUGAAAGUGCCAAGAUCCUCUGCUGUAUCUCAUGCAACUCCAACAUUCAGAUAAAAUUGGUUGGUGAUUUCACACAUGACCAGAGUGUAAGCCAGAAACUGAUGGCUGGAUUUGUGGAAUGUUUGGAUAAUGAAGAUGCAGAAGAAUUUGUACGUCUGGAAGAGGGAUCAGAGCUUGAAAAGAAAUUAGCUGCAAUUCGUCAUGAAACAAGAAUCCACAUCUUGAAUCUUCUCAUAACUUCUCUGGAACGCAGUCCACCCAGCCUUGCUCUCUACCUGUUGGGCUUUGAAUUGAAGAAACCUGUCAGUACCACUAAUCUGCAAGAUCCAGGAGUGCUAGGUUGCCCUCGGACGUGUCUGCAUGCUAUCCUGAACAUCUUGGAGAAAGGGACGGAAGGGAGAAUGGGCCCAGCGGCAGCGCGGGAGUCUCCUCAGCUGGCAGAGCUGUGCUACCAGGUGAUAUAUCAGCUGUGUGCAUGCUCUGAUACUUCUGGUCCUACUAUGAGGUACUUAAGAACCAGCCAGGAUUUCUUAUUUUCUCAGUUGCAGCAUUUGCCUUUCUCUAACAAAGAAUAUGAAAUCUCUAUGCUGAAUCAAAUGUCAUGGCUUAUGAAAACUGCCUCAAUAGAACUCAGAGUGACUUCUCUCAAUCGUCAGCGGUCACAUACCCAGAAACUCCUCCACCUCCUACUGGAUGACAUACCAGCAAGACCAUACUCAGAUGGGGAAGGAGGAAUGGAAGAUGAAAAUAGGUCUGUCUCUGGGUUCCUUCUUGUUGACACUAGCACAAAAGUACGUCGAAAAAUUCUAAGCAUUCUUGACUCGAUUGACUUCAGUCAAGAGAUCCCUGAGCCUUUGCAGCUGGAUUUUUUUGACCGGAACCAGAUUGAGCAAGUUAUUGCAAACUGUGAACACAAGAAUUUACGGGGACAGACUGUCUGCAAUGUCAAGCUUCUUCAUAGAGUUCUAGUGGCCGAAGUAAAUGCUCUUCAGGGUAUGGCAGCCAUCGGACAGAGACCUCUACUCAUGGAGGAAAUUAGCACGAUUCUGCAGUAUGUGGUGGGAAGGAACAAACUGUUGCAGUGCCUGCAUGCGAAGCGGCAUGUGCUGGAGUCUUGGAGGCAGCUGGUGGAAAUCAUCCUGACAGCUUGUCCCCAGGACCUCAUUCAGUCUGAGGACCGGCAGCUGAUUAUUCGUGAUAUUUUACAAGAUGUACACGAUAAGAUCCUGGAUGACGAAGCCGCUCAAGAGCUAAUGCCGGUGGUCGCCGGCGCUGUGUUCACCCUGACAGCUCACCUAAGCCAGGCGGUCUGCACAGAGCAGAAGCAGCUGGUAGUCUCGGGGUCCGGAGAGGCCCACUAUGCGUUCAUGCUCGAGAGCUCUUUCUCCUCACCUGCUCCAGCUGAAAACCCGCUGCUGGCCUUCGCUGCUUCUGUUGGAGAUUCUUCACUGCACAUCAUACUGAAGAAACUGUUAGACUUCAUUUUGAAGACAGGUGGUGGAUUCCAGCGAGUGAGGACUCACCUGUAUGGCUCUCUGCUUUAUUAUUUACAGAUUGCCCAGAGACCGGAUGAACCAGACACCUUAGAAACAGCUAAGAAAACCAUGUGGGAAAGGCUGACAGCCCCUGAAGAUGUGUUUAGUAAACUGCAGCGAGAAAACAUAGCCAUCAUUGAGAGUUACGGGGCUGCCCUCAUGGAAGUGGUCUGUCGCGAUGCCUGUGACGGUCAUGAGAUUGGAAGGAUGCUGGCCCUCGCGCUCCUUGACCGGAUCGUGUCUGUGGAUAAGCAGCAGCAGUGGCUUCUGUACCUCUCCAACAGCGGCUACUUGAAGGUUCUCGUGGACAGCUUGCUAGAAGAUGACCGUACUCUACAGAGCUUGCUCACUCCGCAGCCUCCCCCUUUAAAGGCCCUUUACACUUACGAGUCCAAGAUGGCGUUUCUCACGAGAGUGGCUAAGAUACAGCAGGGUGCUUUGGAGCUGCUGAGGUCUGGGGUGAUUGUGAGAUUGGCACAGUGCCAAGUCUAUGACAUGCGCCCAGAAGUGGACCCACAUAGUGUGUUCGGCGUGAGAGACUCCCCGAUGUUCAUCCCGUCGCCCGUGGAUCGCUACCGUCAGGUUCUCCUCCCUGCCCUCCAGCUGUGCCAGGUGGUCCUCACGUCUAGCAUGGCGCAGCACUUGCAGGCUGCGGGGCAGGUGUUGCAGUUUCUCAUUUCGCAUUCUGAUACCAUCCAAGCCAUUCUGCGCUGCCAGGACAUGAGUGCUGGUUCUUUGCAGGAACUGGCUCUGCUGACUGGAAUUAUAAGCAAAGCAGCGCUUCCUGGUAUAUUGAGUGAACUUGAUGUGGAUGUAAACGAAGGAUCUCUGAUGGAGCUCCAGGGCCAUAUUGGAAGAUUCCAGCGCCAGUGCUUGGGACUGCUAAGUCGCUUUGGUGGUUCUGACAGACUGCGGCAGUUUAAAUUCCAAGAUGGUAAUCUGGAUGGCGACCGCGUGAGCAAGAACGAUGAGGUCGAGCUGGCCAUGCAGCAGAUUUGUGCCAAUGUAAUGGAGUAUUGCCAGUCACUCAUUCUCCAGAGCUCCCCUACCCUCCAGCACAUCGUGUGUCUCUUCACCCCCAGCCUCUCAGAAAGCAGUAACAGAGAGGGACCGCGCCAAGAUGCCCAGGUUCCAGUGGUCCCACACUGGCACCUGCCUGGUUUGGGCAUUAUCGUGUACCUGCUGAGACAGAGUGCCCGUGAUUUCUUCAGCUAUUACGACAGUCACCGACGCAGCGUCAGCAAGCUUCAGAGUGUAGAGCAGCUUCCUCCGGAUGAGAUAAAGGAGUUGUGUCAGUCCGUGAUGCCUGCUGGUGUUGAUAAAAUCUCCACUACCCAGAAGUAUGUUCUGGCAAAACGGUGCUUGGUGAAGUUGAUCAAUAAUAGAGCUAAACUGCUUUCCCUGUGUUCUUUUAUCAUAGAGACCUGCCUCUUUGUUCUUUGGCGCCACCUGGAGUACUACUUGUUACACUGCUCGCCCAUGAAUUCCCAAGAUUCCUUAUUUGCCUCCAGACCCUUAUUUAAAAGCAGAAGACUGCAAGAUUCCUUCCCCUCAGAAGCCAGUCUGGAUUUUAGAAUUGGGCCAACUGUAGUGAGCCAACAUGAUAUAGAGCAGCUUCAGGCUGAUGCCAUCAAUGCAUUUGGAGAAUCACUACAAAAGAAGCUUUUGGACAUUGAACGAUUAUAUUCAAAAGUCCGAUCUCGCUAUAGUUUCAUACAGGCUCUUGUCAGACGUAUCAGCGGCCUACUGAGGUUAUCGAGGAGUUGAGAGCCUGCAUCUAGUGCUCUUCUAUGGAAGAGAUGAACUGGGGACAGCUAUCUCCUUUUUAUAGAUUACUUUGUUUCUAAAUUAUGACCAAAAUAUUUUGCUAUGUCUUUAUAUGUGAAAUCUUUUCUGUAAACGUCUUUGCCUGAUUCUAUCCUCACUAGUAAAAAAUAAAUACUUUUUAAAAAAAAACAAAGGAAA